AAAAGAAAGGAAGAGGGGAAGAAGGAAAGGGUGAGAGCAGAGGUGAAGGGAGACCAGUGAAGGGAAAAGAGAAGAGGGAGGCGGCGCAGUGGGUGUUACUGCCACCGUCGCCGCUGCUGUUGACAUGAGAAGAGAGGGAGAUCUGAGAGAGUUAUAUCCGAGAGAGAGAGAAAGGAGAAGAUGCAGCGGCGCUGGUGGGCCUCGUCGCCGCCGUCACCGCACUUGCCAAGUCGCCGUCGCGUAGUCGUCGCCGCCACCACGCUCUGCCGCAACCCCAUCGAACUCGCCAAGCCGCCGUUGCACACCAGAGGAAAGAGAGAUCGAGCAGUGACGCUGCCGUCGCUGUUGGGGUUGUCGUGGUGGUUGCCGUCGUCACUGAAGGAGCUCGUCGCUGAGCUGCUGGGUCGCCGCCGGAGGAGAACUCGUCGAAAAGUUGCUGUCCUAUCCAGCCGUGCUUUCUCCUCCAUUCUUCCUCCACUGGUUCCGCCAUUAUCCUUGCCCUUUGAAAACGUCGUAGGAAGGGUUUCACACCUCUUCCAGUUCUGUUUCACCACCGUUCUAGCCUGCCGUUCGUCACUUCUGUUCGGUUGUGCCUUUGUUCGCUGUUUUGCUUGCCUAUUGGAGCUUUUGCUGCCUCCGUCCAAAUUUUUCGCUCUUUCGUACCCUUUAGUUUGGUACCCCGGGUUUGAUAUCUUCAGUUCUUUGAGACUAAGUUGUGAGUAGGCUUUACAUUUAUAAUUAUUUGGCUUUACAUCUAUAAUUAUUUUGAUAUAUGCUGCUUGAAAUUAUGACUAUACUUACAAGUUAUUAACAAAGGAUUUGAAUUUGAUUUUAAUAAUGGAUUUAUUAUAAAUAAAUAUUAUUUUUGUGAAAUUCGAAUUUUUAAUCUGCACAUGAGACUAUAUAUAUGUUUGAUGAAGUUUUGUAUUAUUUUAGAAUAUUCGAUUUUAUUGAAUAUGUGCUUUUGAAACAUUAAAGUAUUGUGAAUACUCACUCAUAUACUAUGAGUUUGUAAAGUAUAUUUGACAUUUUAUAUGAUUGAAAAGGAUUUUUGAUAAGAAAGUAUUAUUUGAUUUGAUUUGAUACUGUAUAUAUUUGAAAGAUCAAAGAUUGGUUGUAUUUGAAAUUAUAUGUUUUGAAUUGGUUUGGGAGGCUCGUAUUAGAAAACCGUAGUUAACGGCGGUUAUGACGUUAACCUAGAUGCAUCUGGCUCAGACCUCAGCUAGCAGGGGCGUUGCUAGCCUAACGUGUAGGCCACACGUUGGAUCUGUUAUUCCGUACGGACACACUAGAGGAAAGGGCUACCCUUAGAGGUGGAGCCGCUCAAGUGUGGACUAUUUGAUUUGACUUCUGUAUGAGAACUCCCUUAUUGAUUCACUUAUUUAUAUAAAUUAUUAUUUUCUAACUAAAAUUAUUUUCAUAAUAAUGUUUAGAUGGUCUCAUGUGAAUUAUAGAUGUACUGUCUAGUCACUGAGUUGCAAAACUCACCCCUUUUUAAAAAAAUAUU